AUGCCCAAAAACCCUAUUAUUGCUGUUCGCAGGAUCUUUUUCCUCCUUCUCUUGGCUUCUCCCCCUUCCUCACCGCCUACUCCCGCGAAUAGCUCCUGGUCGAUCUCCUGGCUUGUUCCCCUUCCCCACCACCUGCUCCCGCGAACAGCUCCCAGUCGAUCUCCCACUGCUCUCCGCCGCCAGCCACUGCGCCAGGUCCUCCUCUUCCCCUCCUGCUCCAGCGAUCGUCUCUCCCAAUCUCCCCCUGCUCUCGAUCGACCGCAAGUCCGCUCCAGCUCCUCCUCUUCCCCUCAUCCUGCUCCGGCGAUUGAUCCUCUCUCCCAAUCUCCCCCUGGUCUCAGCCGGAAGCCCAGUCCCGAUUCUUCUUGCGGGGGUCAAGAAUGGGGGGAUGAGCAUGAGUGGAGGCAAAGACAGCAACGCGCACCUGCACCUGCACCUGCGCCUGCUUCCGUGAAGUUUCUUGAAGCUGCAUUUUGUUUCCUCAUAUUUGAUGCAGCAAUUAUGGCCGGAGUUCGAUCUAGCCACUAG